UUCGCACUCGACACUUUCGAGCGUUGCGUUCGCCGUGGUACGCGUUAGUUUCCGUUUUUCCUGAGCCCGCCGAGUUCUGAGAAGGAAGUGUUCCGUGCACAGCAAUUCACAGCCGUGUUUUCUUCACCGAUACAGAAGUUGUGCAAGCGAAAGGAAGGAAGAAGUGUAUUCUGAAAGUGUGUUUGUUUGGUCCGAUAUCAUAUCGCCCAGCCCUUGCGCCCAAUUUUCACCCCCCCAACAAAAAAUCACCCUGUCUCCUCCCCCCCAUUACCGUGUGGAGCGCAAUUCCACUGGAAGUCGCGUGGCUUGUUCGGUGUGUGUGUGCAUUGUGAGUGCUUUGUUGUGAGUGAGUGAGAGCAGAGCCCUCCAGAGUGUUUGCGAAAAGUGUGCAGCAGCCGCCAGCAGGUGCGUAACCACCAGCAACAGCAGCAGCGUGUGUUUUAGAGUAGAAGGAAGCGAAAGAAGCGAAAAAGAAAAUAGAAGCGAAGGGUGGUGGUUUGCGUUUGUUGUCUGUACGUUCUAAAACAACAACAACAACAACACACUCUCACACCCCGUUCGACUGACACCUAACUCAAUUCGAGUAACAGCCAAAAAGCAAACAACUACAACUACAACAACAAACGAAAACAAUAAACAACAAAAGCACACUCCAAAAAAAGAAAACUCACAAAACGCAAAGCGGCUGCCCGUGACCAACAAACAAGGCGCCAAGGUGUGUUAAAGCCCACCUUCCCGCACAGCUUAUAUAAAAAAAAGCAAAGGCUACUCUCUCACUUGGCCAACCCAGGGAGCCGCUACAGGCUACACAACCCGCAUCACGAUCGCGUUCACGCAGCAACAGCAUCCCCCCGGUGCCGGUGUGAUGAUCAUGGCGUCAUUCAACGGUGGCAGUGCCGCGGGCGGCGGCGGUGGCGGCGGCCAGGAUGGGCCGCACAACAAGCGGCUCUGUACCGGCCAGGAGAUGGGCGAGGUGCCGCUCAAUAGUCGGAACAAUAAUAACAACAUCAACGUCACAGACGAACCGCGCCGGAAGCGCGACGUUGCGACGCGCCCCAACCAUAUCCUGCUGUUCACGAUCCUGAACCCGAUCUAUCCGAUCACAGUGGACGUACUGCACACGAUCUGUCACCCAAAUGGCCAAGUGCAACGCAUCGUGAUAUUCAAGAAGAAUGGCGUCCAAGCGAUGGUUGAGUUCGACAGCAUAGAGUCAGCAACGCGCGCCAAAGACAGCCUGAACGGUUGCGACAUCUACUCCGGCUGCUGCACACUGAAGAUCGACUACGCAAAGCCAGAAAAACUCAAUGUUUACAAAAACGACAGUGACUCCAGUUGGGACUACACGCUGGUAGCUGCCACCACGGUUAAGGAGGUCGGUAAUGGACGCUCGCCCCUGCUCCAGGAUCCAACGCUCUUCGGUGGACGACCGCAGCCGUACAGUAAGUACCUUUCACCAUCACAUACACCCUACAACGAGUACUCUCAACCUACUCAAGGAACCCGCUCAAAACCUGCUCUGCUAGGCGCCGGCGGUGGUAAUGGUUUUCCGCCGAACUUUUCGCCCCCGGACUUCCACCCGUCGGAGAACUGGAAACCGGCGGCCGCCGGUACGCACGUCGGCCUGAUGAAGGAUCCGCCGCUGCCACGCAACGGGCCAACCAACUUUAUCCAGCCAACGCAGCAACAGGGCGCAGUGAUGAUGGUUUACGGACUCGACAAUGGAACCGCCAACACCGAUAAGCUUUUCAAUCUGUUCUGCCUGUACGGCAACGUGGUGCGGAUAAAGUUCCUGAAGACAAAGGAAGGCACCGCCAUGGUCCAGAUGGGUGACGCCAUCGCAGUCGAACGUUGCGUCCAGCACCUGAACAACAUUCCAAUCGGAAAUGAUGGCAAAAUUCAGAUCGCAUUUUCCAAGCAAAACUUUUUGUCCGAGGUCACAAACCCUUACACCCUGCCGGACCAUACGCCCAGCUUCAAGGAAUAUACUGGCUCGAAGAACAACCGCUUCCUGUCGCUGACCCAGGCCAGCAAGAACCGCAUCCAGCCGCCAAGCAAGAUUCUUCACUUCUUCAACACACCGCCUGGGCUGACCGACGAGCAGCUGAUUGCGGCAUUCGGCAGCAACGAUUGCCAUCCGUCGCAAGUGCGCAUGUUCCCGCUGAAAUCGGAACGCUCCUCGUCCGGGCUGGUCGAGUUCCCGAGCGUCGCCCUUGCCGUCCAGGCGAUCAUGAAGUGCAACCACACCGCCAUCGAUCACAAAGGCACAAAGUUCCCGUUCAUCAUGAAGCUCUGCUUCUCGUCCUCGAAAACGAUGAACGGCGCGUGGAACAACGAAAACAUCGAGAACAUGAAGCAGGCCGGCUCGGUCGUGCAGACGUCGCCCGGUGCCGAGGACGAACCGAUGCAGGCCCGAUAAAUCGAUCGUCGUCCAUCACAUGCCGCCGUCGCCGCCGCUCCCCAAGACCGUUGCUUUGUGCGCGAAAUGCUGCGAUUCCGGUGCGAGUAGGCGCAACCGUAGGGCUUCGGGGCAGGUUCAUCCCUGUGUAAUGUGUGUAUGAGUGUUAGAUGUGAUGCUUAUAGAGAUGAGGUGGCGUAAUAGAAGAAGAAAUGCGAUAUUAAUACCGGCCCCGUAUGAUAUGGCCGUUUCAUCCUCCGGCCAAGCGAGCCAGCGAGGGGCGGCAGGGAAAGCUCAUCAACUAUCGUAAAACAACCACCGUGUUUUCUUUUUCUUUUUUCUUCUUUGUUGUUGUCCUGUGUCCGAUCCGGCAUAUUCAUUCACCUUCCAUAAUGAUGAAGCAUCGCUGCUCGUUUGUGGGCGGCACACGCGUUCUCGCGUUUGUGAGUGACAGCAACGCUCACGACUCCUCGUCUAUCCAUAUUGCGCUACAAGUAGUGUGUUAAGCUAGAGCUGCGUGAACUCAAGCAGCCGUACAAACCAGAAACGUUUACAUUAGAGAUAUGCUGUAGAUGAGCAAAGGCUUGGAAGAAAGAGGGAGAGCAAGAAAAGCGAAAAGCGCCACUAUCCGCGCUCUCCGUUUUGUGAUGUGUGUGUGUGUGUGUGUGCGCACACGCACACUCGCGGGGUUUGUUUUUUCGUCCAGCCUAUAAUAAGAUACAGUAUGUAUGUGUGUGUGUAUUGUACGGUUAAAAGUUUAUUUUUUAUGUUAUUAGCCAACGGAAGCAAAGAAAAACACUACAUGGGAAGGAGGCAGUGAACGCGCGAAACGAAAGUAAACCACCGGAAGAUGAUGAUAGUGAAGAUACUACAGUGUUGAUGGCUGAAACCCCGAUUCCCCCAAUUCUCAAACCCACAAAAACGAAACGGCCUUCGGUUCGUUUUGUCCGUUUUCUUUAAUUGCUUUACAAUCGCAAACCCCCCCUCACAUCAUCGUGCAACAAUCGUCACAAUCAACUAGAAAAGAAAAGACUCUAGGAGCUGUUGACGUUCGGAGAAUGAAAGGCAGGAAACAGGAAAGGAGGAUAGGAGAACGACAGCAAACGAAGAAGCGUAACAGAAACCGGUCGGCAAACAGAUCCCCCGCGCGCGUGAAUCAAGAAAGCUUUGAAACCAAAAAAGGAGAACAUUGAGAGGAGGAAACAUUGCAAAAGAGAACAAAAAGAUAACAAACAAACAAACAAACAAAAAGGUAACUUUGCGAACUGGCCGGCAGAGGGCGGUGGUGCGGCAGCUAAGUGUGCAUCGCCGUGUGUUCGAUUUUUAGACAAUUAAGUAAGCAGAAGUAACCUUAACUAAACUAUCAGAACGACUACUGUUCUUCUGUCCUUGUUAUCUAUCUAUCCCCAGAUUGUUGUUUUCGUUUCGAUAAUUCCUUUUUUUUGCAAUCUUCAAAUAAUUUUUCUUCCAGUUUGUUAUUAUCAUCAAUUGCUUCUUCUGUUUUCACAUUCGUUUUUCUUAAAUUUCUUCCUCCAUGAGCCCUUAGAUACUUUGAUACAACCAACAAGAGAAAAGACAUUAUUUAUUGUUUACUAAUUUAGAGGAAAAAUUGCACAGCAUUCGGGUGAAUACUAGGCAGGGAAGGGUCAAGAGUGUGCAGUGGAAGAAUCGAGAUGAAGAUUGACACAAACAAAUCGUCUAAUUCAGAGGGCAACAAAAACAACAGCUAGUAUGAAGGAUAGUAACAAUUGUAAUGUGCAAUCUGCUGCUGCUGCUGCUCUCACUCUCUAUACAUCAAUCUUCAUCUUCUCCUCUGUGUGUCCUUCCCUCUCUUUCUCUCUCCCGAAUGCGCGCUUGUUUGUGAUGAACGGUACGCAUGUGGCAUGGUCGUAGUCCUCUUGAUUAAUGACACGGCCACGAGUAUGAACGUGAAGAUGCACUGCCGCCAGCAAGGUGUGUGUGUGCAUGUCUGUGUGCUAAUAAUGGAUGUGUGGAUGGGUGCGCGCGUGUGUGCCCUGUGUAUACGUUAGCCAGUGUUGCUAACAGAACCCGUGUGCACGCAUGUAGAAUGUAUUCGAUUUGUUUGUCUUUAGUUGAUCUGUGGCUCUCGGUAGCUUGUCUUUCGUUUCAGAGUUUAAGGCAAGAUUUCGCUGGUACGAGAAGCUCACAUAAGCACUAGUUAAAGAAAAGGGAUUAAUUUCGAUCGAGGAAACUAAGCUUAAGAAUGGCAUGAAUGUGAGAAACACAUGAACAAAAGCAGAAACUAUAUGAUAUUGUAAGCGCCACAUACCCAGAUGGCAAUGAUGCGCACGAACGAAACAACACGCAAAUGGGUUUAGGAUCGAAAUUGCGUUCGAUGAAGCGGUGAACACUUGAACACAUCCAACACAACAACAACAAAAUAACACGCAUCUACACUCUCUCUCACACACACACGCACACUCUGUUUGUAAUUCGUUAGAAAAAGGUAAUCGAAUUCGUUUCGCACUUUCUGUAACCUUUAUUGAUUCAUGUCAGCAGCAUAUUGGCAGAAACGCUCAAUCAUCAUCCGUUGUACAAUCGCAACCGAACAACCAUUCAAUUACUGCUACAAAGCACGCGGGGAGCUGUGGCGUAAGCCAAGCAGAGACAAAAUUCACUAAUCUAAGCGCCUAAGUAUAUGUUUUAGAAAUGGUUAAGUAAUUACAGUUGUGUCCUUAGUUUUUACGUACGAGCUACAACAAACAAAUAAUCAAACACACCCACACACACACACACAUAAACCUACCCCUUUCCAUUACUCUCACACAACUUUCGCAGCAAGAAACACCUACAAAAUCGCACACCCGCCAACGCUACUCUGGUCUGCAUAAUGGAGGCUAAAAAAGAAAACAAAGCGGGCACACGCAAUACACUUGAUUACACCACAGCAUUACACCACAAUAUACACCACCAAUAUAAACAAAAACAAAACCACUAUACACACACACACCGCACCGAAGAAAACACCUGUUGAAAUCGUCGCCGUCGUUUCGAAGACAUUUGCCGCAAAGAACCGGGAAAACGGAAGUAGGGGAAAACAUGGAACGAGAGUUACGAAAAACUGUUUGAAGUUUUAGCGUGUUUUCCUGUAAAUCAUUGUCUUUAUAUCAUAUUAUCAUCAUCGUUGUUUUCUUCUUUUCUCUUCGUUUUGUUUCCCUUUUCUACUUGAUCUUGUCGUUUACCUAGGCACUUAUGUUACUAGCAUCAUCAUUAGAGAACAUUUCGAUGUGUAAGACGUUUUGUUAGAGCUUUUUUUAUUACUAUUUUUAUUAUUAUUCUUAACUAUAAUUAAUGUUUAGCUUUUAGUACUUUCGUCUAGGUCUUUUAGUGCUUAGUGCAGCAAAAUCUGGUUAUGAGUUUUCGUUUUUUUCUGUUUUGAAGGGAAAAGUGCAAACAACACGAGCAAAACAAACAAAAGGAAAAACACAAAAACCAAAACCUGCAGUAAAUCAACAGCAAAUCCGUUGAUAUGUGUGCAAUCUAAGAGAGUCUUUGAACCCUUUUUCUCUCUAAAAGUGUUCAAGUGUCUGUGUAUUAGUGUAGCGGUUCGGUUUAGAAUGUUUUGUUUUCUCUUUUUGUUUGGAGUUUUAGGAAUUGAGCAUCUCGGUUUUUUUGUUUCGUAGUUUUUUUUUCUUAUUGUUUCAAUAAAGAAGAAUAGAUUGAAAUUCAA